AUGACUGAAACCUAUCUGAAGGAAGCGGUGGUGACGCCGGUGUCUGAGGACGGGUCGGGUCCGGGUGUGUCGUACGGCGCGUCUUCAGUGCAGGGCUGGCGCAGCACUCAAGAGGACGCACACAUCUGUUUGCCAUCAUUUGACAAAAACGGUAGCCUUUGGGCCGUCUUUGAUGGACACAACGGCGCCGAAGUGGCCGUCUUUGCCUCCAAACGGUUCCCGAAACUAUUGAAAGAGAAUAAGAACUACAAGAAUCGCAACUAUGAAACCGCACUGAAGGAGUCGUUUAUGGCUUUAGACGAUCUGCUAAUGAAUCCGCAAUCGAUCCGAGAAUUAGUGGCCAUAAGACAGUCGUAUUCAAAAGUGCCGAUAACUAAGUCGACGGCUCCGGGCAUUGCCAGCGGCUGUACAGCGACUGUGGUGUUAGUGAAAGACGGGGUCUUGUAUUGUGCCAAUUGCGGUGAUUCCCGGAGUAUUCUGUCCCGCAAUGGGAAGGCAUACCCGCUGUCGGCCGACCACAAGCCCGACGACGACAACGAGAAGCGCCGGAUAGAGACCGCCGGCGGAGAAGUGACGUCCGGACGAAUCAAUUACGGGAUUAACGUUUCGCGUGCUUUUGGCGACCAUUUGUAUAAACGGAAUACAACUCUAGCGAAGGAUCAACAGAUGGUUAUCGCUGUUCCCGAUGUGAAGAAAGAGAAGUUACGAUCUGUUGAUAACCUAAUGGUUCUCAUCUGUGACGGCGUCUGGAAUAGUGUUCCCAACGAAGACCUCAUCGCUUAUGUCAACAAAAGGGUCGCCAAAAAAGUGAAACCCCUGUCGAGGAUCUGCGAAGAGAUCUUCAAACAAAUACUACCGACAGUUAUGCCCAUCAAAGGGAUUGUCGGCAAAGACAACAUGACUUUUCUGAUCGUCGUGUUUGAGGCCAACGACGCGUCGAUGCGAACCAAUAGUAGCCGUCAGUCAACCGCACCGAAAAAGUUUGGUCUCUUCUUCUGA